UGCCUCUGCCCAUCAGCCUGGUCUUGAUGAGGAGCGGGAAGGCCUCCUGCACCCUGGAGACCGUGUGGGAAGACAAGCACAAGUAUGAGGAGGCUGAGCGGCGCUUCUACGAGCACGAGGCCAUGCAGGCGGCCGCCUCCGCCCAGCAGCUGCCAGUCGAGGGGCCAGCUAUGAAUGGGCCCGGCCAGGACGACCCUGAGGACACUGAUGAGGCAGAGGCCCCUGACGGCAGCAGCAGGAGUGAUCCCAGGAAGAGCCAGGACGGCAGGAAGCCCCUGCAGAAAAAGAGAAAGCGCUCCCCCAAGAGUGGGCUCGGCCCGGCGGCCCCGGCCCUCCUGGGGCUCUCGGCCGAACGCGUGUGGCUGGACAAGAGUGGUCUCGGCCCGGCGGCCCCGGCCCUCCUGGGGCUCUCGGCCGAACGUGUGUGGCUGGACAAGUCACUUUUCGACCAGGCAGAGAGCUCCUACCGCCAGAAGCUGGCAGAUGUGGUUGCCCAGGCAGCCCAGCCUCCUGCCUUGGCCCCUUGGGGUCCCUGCACCCAUGGAAGCCAGGUGGCCUGCCACCACGUGACCUGGGGGACCUGGGUCAACAAGUCCUCCUUCGACCAGGCUGAGCGGGCCUUUGUGGAGUGGUCUCAGUCCCUGUUGCUGGCUCCCGAGGGUGGCCACAGGCAGGGGACUCCUGACACGGGCCAGCAGGCGGCCGUCCCCAACCCGGCCCACCAGCCCAGCCCACCGGUCAAUGGCCAGCCGCCGCUGGGCAGCCUGCAGGCACUGGUCCGGGAGGUGUGGCUGGAGAAGCCCCGGUAUGAUGCAGCCGAGAGGGGCUUCUACGAGGCCCUGUUUGACGGCCAUCCCCCGGGGAAGGUGCGCCUGCAAGAGCGAGCUGGCCUGGCCGAGGGUGCCCGGAGGGGCCGCAGAGACCGGCGGGGCCGCCACGUCUUAGGGAACAAGCGGGCUGGGCCGCGGUGGGCCGACGGGGAGGCCCCCUCCGCCUUGCCCUACUGUUACUUCCUGCAGAAGGAUGCAGAGGCCCCCUGGCUCAGCAAGCCUGCCUACGACAGCGCUGAGUGCCGCCACCAUGUUGCCGAGGCCCUGCGCAUGGCCUGGUGCCUCGAAGCUGCCUCCCUGUCUCACCGACCCGGUCCUCGGUCUGGCCUGUCCGUGUCCAGCCUGAGACCCAACAGAAAAAUGGCUACAAACUUCCUAGUACAUGAGAAGAUCUGGUUUGACAAGUUCAAAUAUGACGAUGCAGAAAGGAGAUUCUACGAGCAGAUGAACGGGCCUGUGGCCGGUGCCUCCCGCCAGGAGAAUGGCGCCAGCGUGAUCCUUCGCGACAUUGCGAGAGCCAGAGAGAACAUCCAGAAAUCCCUGGCCGGAACCUCAGGCCCCGGGGCCUCCAGCGGCCCCAGUGGAGACCACAGCGAGCUUGUCGUCCGGAUCGCCAGUCUGGAAGUGGAGAACCAGAGCCUGCGUGGCGUGGUACAGGAGCUGCAGCAGGCCAUCUCCAAGCUGGAGGCCCGGCUGAACGUGCUGGAGAAGAGCUCGCCUGGCCACCGGGCCACGGCCCCGCAGACCCAGGUGGUGCUCUCCCCACGCCUGACACUGCAGGGACCACGUGGCCCUGCUGGCUUCCAUGUCUCCAUGUACACUGGCUCUAGCAGUGAUGAGCUGGCAGCCAGAAUACUGGAGUCCUCAGGCCCCAGGAAGGUUUACAGUUAGGCCUGCACUCAGGUCCCAGGAAGGUUUACAGUUAGGCCUGCACUCAGGUCCCCAGGAAGGUUUACAGUUAGGCCUUGGGACGAUGAGACGGACAUGGCCCAGCUGGAGGCCUGUGUGCGAUCUAUCCAGCUGGACGGGCUGGUCUGGGGGGCCUCCAAGCUGGUGCCCGUGGGCUACGGUAUCCGGAAGCUACAGAUUCAGUGUGUGGUGGAGGACGACAAGGUGGGGACAGACUUGCUGGAGGAGGAGAUCACCAAGUUUGAGGAGCACGUGCAGAGUGUCGAUAUCGCAGCUUUCAACAAGAUCUGAAGCCUGAGUGUGUGCGCGCGCGUGCCUGAGGCCCUGCCACGAUUAAAGACUGAGACCGGC